AUGUCCUUCCUAUUAUCCAUUUUCAAGCCUCUGGCAUACAUGUCAGUGCCAAUCUUCCUCCUCAAGUCGUUGGCCCAGGCGUCCCCACUCGCUCGCUACUACCUGCGCUCAGUCGCAUACGCAGGUACAAUGGCCACAGUCGCAUCCUGCAGUAUAUUCAUCGCAGCGACGUUCAAUAUCCUCGGCAAGAAACACGACGUUAACCACUGGGUCGCGCGGUUCUUCUACGAAACUGCAAGCCGGGCCCUCAAUGUCCGUGUUGAAGUCGAGGGAGAGGAGUAUUUGAGUUCACGACCUUCGGUUAUGAUGGCGAAUCACCAAAGUUUCCUGGAUAUCCUGAUUCUCGGUCGGUUAUUCCCAAAACAAGCUUCCAUCGUCUCCAAAAAGUCCCUCCAAUUCUCACCUUUGGGCCCCUUCAUGACCAUGUCUGGCGCUGUAUUCAUCGAUCGAGGAAACAACUCCCGUGCAGUGAAAUCCUUGAACGACGCAGGGAACCUCAUCAAGAAACUCAAAAUAUCCAUCUGGAUGUUCCCAGAAGGAACUCGACACCUUUCAGAGAAGAACGAAAUGCUUCCCUUGAAGAAGGGCGGAUUCCACCUUGCUAUCAACGCCGGCAUUCCCAUUGUACCCAUAGUUGCGGAGAACUAUCACCACUUGUACCAUAAGGGGUUCUUCGGAGAAGGAGUUAUCAAGGUCAAGGUCCUACCACCCAUUCCAACCGUUGGUUUGACUGCUGCGGAUGCCAGUUCUCUGGCUGUUCGCGUACACGAAGUCAUGGAAGGUGCAUUGCGAGAAAUAUCUCGGCCAGACUCCAACGAGAAGGAUCGCAAGCAGCCUCAGACUAUCGCCGCGUCAUCCGAGCAAGAAAAGGCCAGCCCACCAUCUGUAUCCCCAGAAACCCCCAGCUCCGACAUUUCAGGUAUCUCGGGAUUGGAUUUUGGCAGCUCUUCAGUCUCAUUGUCGUCCUCAGUUGCUUCACUUUCGCGUGAACGGUCGGACAAUGGCGCAGAGACCGAGGAAGACGAGGGGAUGAUCCUUGUCGGCCGCCCGAGUCAGCAGUGA